AUGGACAAGUAUUUGAAUUCAUUUGUUGACCACCUUUCAGAGUGGUCAUCUCGUGCCUUUAGGAACAAUUCAUCAAGCGCUAACCAAAGUGCGUCGAACAAGGAAUUAGAACAAGUUUUUGAACAGAUCAAUGCUAUAGUUGAAAACCACAAUAACAAAUUAACCACUGCCUUUGAUAAGAUAUCAUAUCGCGUUGCUCACAAGAUUACACACUUGGUGGAAAGCCAUUCUUUAGUAUUCAACUACGCCACUUUAGUUCUCAUCGCAAGUGCUUUGGUCGUUAUUGGCUCAUUUACGUCUAUUUCUUCUAUUCCAUUUACAGCUCUACCUCCUACGAGAGAACACUCAUUGUUUGAUCCUACAGAUUUUGAUGUGGACCACGACUGUCAUGUUAUCUACCGCGAGAAUGACGAAGAUAAAAAGAAAAAGAAGAAAAGCAAGAGGUUUUUCGAUAUGAUGGAUGAAAAACAUGCGAUUAUACUGCCCUUAACUAGUGGCUGUACUUUACUCGCUCUCUAUUUUGUGAUCAAGAAACUACACCUAAACUGGCUAAAAUAUGUGGUGAAAAUUUUGAAUUUUAAUAUAACACUGCUAAAUAUCCCAGCUGGCACAUUUGUCUACUCCUACUUUCUCAACUCACUUUUCAGAAACCUAUCACAUUUAGCUUCUUGGAAUCCCCUGGUUGUUUUACCAAGGUAUCGUGUAACAAUAGCUGAUGAUAACGAAGACCUGAACAAGAUAGGCGGGUUUGUUACCAAUUUGAAUUACAAAGAUGGAUUGACCAACUCAGUUGUUCACAAGAAAACAUUGGAUGAGAUUGAAAAAGAUCAUUGGAUGAAGCAUUUUUACAGAAGAGAAUUAGUUGAACCGAAGGAUAUUAAAUCGAAGAGGCAGAUCAGCAACAUGUAUUUGAAUAGCGCAUUAAUUGUUUCGUUCGUUCUGUCCAUCGUUUCUACCGUAUAUUUCUAUUUAUCACCCAAUGAUUGGUUAAUAUCCAAUGCUGUCAGUAUGAAUAUGGCUAUUUGGUCCAUUGCUCAAUUAAAAUUGAAGAAUUUAAAAUCAGGGGCCCUAAUCCUAAUUGCUCUAUUUUUUUACGACAUUUGCUUUGUCUUUGGUACCGAUGUAAUGGUUACAGUAGCUACUAACCUUGAUAUUCCCGUAAAACUAAGCUUACCAGUCAAGUUUAAUACAGCUCAAAACAACUUCAAUUUUUCAAUACUUGGUCUGGGUGAUAUUGCCUUGCCUGGUAUGUUUAUUGCGAUGUGCUACAAAUAUGACAUCUGGAAGUGGCACCUUGAUCAUGAUGACACUGAAUUCCACUUUUUGAACUGGUCAUACGUUGGAAAAUAUUUUAUUACUGCUAUGGUUAGUUACGUUGCUUCUUUGGUAUCUGCCAUGGUCUCCUUGUCCAUUUUCAAUACUGCUCAACCGGCUUUAUUAUACAUUGUUCCUUCCUUGUUGAUUAGUACUAUUUUGGUAGCUUGCUGGAACAAGGAUUUUAAGCAGUUUUGGAAUUUUCAGUAUGAUACGAUUGAAGUGGAUAAAAGUUUAAAAAAAGCGAUAGAAAAAAAGGAGAACUCUAUAACUUAUUCGACCUUCAUCCUAUCAGAAUACUAUAAUGAUGCCGACAAGUAUGCCUUGCUUGGUGAUGAUGUAAACGAAAAUUUUGACGAUGAUGAAGAAUUCGUGCAAGAGGAAGAUCUCAGUGACAGCUCUGAGGAAGAGCUUUCUGAAGAAGAUCUCUUGGAUGACGAAUCUUCUUGA